UUAAUGAUGAUGACUUCUUCUCGGUCUCUGGGAAUUUUGAGGAUUUUCAAGCCCAAAUUCCUGGCCGACCUAUAAAUUGGAAAAAGGGAGAGCCUGGUAAUUUAACUUCGGCCCUCUUCCUUGUAUUUUAUUUGGGUUUUUGUUAGUCUGUUAACCGAACUAACACUUCUCUUUUUUGCAGAUUUCGCCCAUCUUCAUUCCUUAUACAGUUAUCCAAACCUUGCAAUUUUGCGAGCCGCCCUACGGAUUAAAGAAAGAAGUUGGGCAAGGCUUCUGAAUUUUGAGCCGACCUACCGCUACAGCGGUCGCCGAAAAGCAAGAGUGACUGACUUCCUUCUUGAAGAAGCACCUGAACCGAACCCAACCUUGCCCGAGAUAAGACUUGUUCCACUAACCGCAGAAGAAGAGAUGGCGAAAAGGAGCAGAGUUAGGGCCCUUCUCACCGAAACAACUAGGCCCGAAGUAACGCCUCCCAGUCAAUCGCAGCCUGCUGUUGUGGCCCUCCCUUCUCAACAGCCAUCCUCCUCCCGCCGAACCAAACGUGCCCGAACUGCCGAAACCGAACAGGUUUUGGUUGAUGAAGAACCUGCUAUUCAGCCGAGCUUACCACCAAGCCCCCAACCGAUGUCUUCCGACCGAACCAUCGGCUGCUAGGCACCGAAACUAACUUUCAACGACCGAGACAUUCUAGGCACAGACUCGGUUGUUGCUGAGAAAGACCACCUGUUGGCCAUCAAUCUGGCCAAGAGCGUGUGUCUGCCCAAAGAUAUGGAGCAUCACCAAAAACAGUUAACCACCGAGCUGAAGUCCAUCCGGUCUGCUACUAAAUCCAUGAUUCUGGCCAUUCAGAAAAACCAAAUCACCCACAGGAAAGUGCUAGAGCUGAGGAAAGUGACUAGGCAAGCAGCGGCAGAAGCAGAGGCGAAGUCGGCCGAACUGGAAGAGGCCAGAAAGGAAAUGGCCGAACUCCGAGGCGAGGUCGGCCGACUGACCGGAAUGGUUAGUUCGGUCGAAGCUGAAAAACAAAAGACUGCCAUUGCUCUGAAGGACAAGUACUUGCGUGAGCUGGUGAAGCUCGAAAGAAAGAAAGAUGCCGAAAUAAAGGAGAAGGUGAAGGAGGCUGACAAACAAGGCUUCAAGAGGGCAGAGGAUGCUUACGCCAAACAAUGUGAUGCUGCCAAGGAGCUGUUCUUUAAGUGCGGCUGGAGGGGGGCCGUUGAGAAGCUCGGUCAUGAUCCUCAGACCGAGGUUUUCAACCCUCCAGCCUACUUUAUACCGAACUCCCUGAUGGAGUAUGCCAAGGCCAUGCAACAGCAGUUCCUUGAGGGCUCUGACGAUGAAGAUUCUGAUGAAGACACUGCCCCUGAGGAUACUUUGGUUGUGAAUGCAGGUCAGGUAGUUCGGUCGGAGCCCAUGGUGGAAGAUCUAACUAUUGAUCAACCAAGUGAAACCGUGGCUCCGGCCGAAACCAUUCUUCCUUGUGAAAACGUCCCUGCGCCAGAAACCGGUCUUCAGGUUGACGCCGAUGCUGCCUUUGACGCCGAGAUUGAAGAUCUUUUUUCUUGACUCUGUACUUUUUUCUUUGUAACCGAAGUAUGCCCCUUUGUAAUGACUUUUCUUUGAAUGAAAGUUUUACGCAACUCUUAUUCCGGUUGUUGUGUGUAUGCUUGCAUUUUGUAAUGUCUUCUAUUACUUCGAUUGUUAUUUCGGUUUAGGCUGGUUAAAAUAUGCCUACUAGCCAACCACUCCUUAGCUGAUAUAAUCACUUCGGCUGAGGAGUACAAAGUGUUGGUUCAUUCAAGCCAACCACUCU